AUGGCAUCUGCAAUGACAAUCCAGCCUCUCGAGAAACACAUCAAAUUAUCCGAUAGCCGCAUUCUGGCCUAUUCUGACAAUGGCAACUCGUCCAGUUCGUGUGUAGUCAUCUUCUUCCAUGGCGCUUUUGGGGUGGGAAAUGCGACAAGGCUGCAACCUUCCCUAGUUGAGGCCGACGUUCACUUUAUAGCUCCAACUCUGCCGGGUUGGGGUACAUCAACUCCUCGCGAUCAGACCAUCCCUUAUCAUGUUUCCCUCGCCUCCGAUAUCACGCAGCUCAUUCAACAUCUUCACCCCGACGAAUCGAACCUCAGUAUCUACAUAGCGGGAGGAUCAUUUGGAACCGUACCUGCCCAAAUUCUCUAUGGCGCACCUUUCGAUAUUUUUCCCCUUGGAAGGAAUAUCAAAGGAUGCAUGGUUCUCGCACCGUUCUCGCCAUUUAGGCUGCAUAAAGACUAUGCUAAGACAAUGACCACGCAGAACUAUAUGGCAGUAGGACCACCAACACAAUUUCUGCCUUUCCAUAUCCUACCUCGUCUCUCCUCUUUCUACAUGAGGAGUAAGUUAAAAACCAUAGAAGAUGCAGAAGCCUUUAUACGUCAAAACCUCUUCGACAACAUGAAGACAGAAGAGAAAGAAGCGUUCAGGAAAUGGAGAGAAGAACACGGCAAACAGGAGGGUGAGGUCGAACGCGAGUUUGCAGAGAACAUGGUGCGGAGCGUCGCGAAGACAUGGGACGGCUAUUUGGAAAUUGCAGAUGUAAUCCACGGCGACUGGGGUUUUAAGCCUGAUGGUUUAGAUGAAGAGCGUAAUCGACGUCCUAUACUCAUUGUUGGGUCGGAAGGGGAUACCAUGGCUCCCGAUGCCAUGGCCAAGUGGCUCGCGGCAUCCUACAAGAAUGCUCAUUUUCGAUCCAUCAAUGGAGGCCAUUUGGCUGCUUUGUUUCAUUUAGACGGUCUAUGGAAAGAGCUUCUUGAGCUUUGA